UACGCCGAAGAGAAAUACCUACCGGUAUGGCGUUUUGUCGAGACACCACCCUGGAACAUUGCGAAUCGGCUCUCUGAAUUUCCCUACGACACGGAGUGGUGCGUCGUUCACCCGGACGGCAAGAAGGUCGCCCAGAAGCUGGAGCCAAUGCCGCCGGAAAAGCAGACCAUCUUCAAGGGCGACCGCGUCCUUGUUUUGAAGGGCCAAAGCAAAGGCAAAGUCGCAUUCUUUGCUGUCUCUGAACUUCUGAUGCAAAAAUACGCAAAACAGUCCUGGUAA